GCUUCAAAGCGCAUUGGUAGAAUCACAGAGUUGGUAAAUCGCUGAAUGAAUGUGUGGUUAACUUAACUCAAUGCAAAAUAUCUGAACAUGUUCUCAUCAUAGAAUUCGAGUGAUAGCCAAGUUUUGGCAAACCUGAAGUUGUUAUAUCGUAGUUAGAAGAUUUUCAGUGUAGCUAAGGAAGUUUUGUGCAUGCUUAUCUCAAGUAGUUCCUGACUAUGCUCUUUUGCAGGUGCACCUUUUCCACCUCCUCUUGCUUCAGCUGUUGGUACUCCACCACCACCACCACCACCACCACCAACUGUUGCUGCUACUCCACCUACUGGUUCUGGCCCUGCUCCUCCACCGCCUCCUUUGGGAAGUGUUCCUCCUCCCCCACCACCUCCUUUUCCAGGAAGUAGUUCCAAACCUGUGGAGGUCAAACCUCAACCGAAGCCUAAGGUAGAACCUGACCCUGUGAAUCCUGCUGUAAUGGUUGCAGAGAUUGCCCGUAAGAGACAACAGAGAAUGGCAGCUCAGCAGCAAGGGCAAGAACCAGAUGGAACAGCAGCUGUAAAUAAUGGAGUGGUUAAGGUAGCCCCUCCUGUCAGCACCAAGCCACCAAAAGCAAGGGAAAGAGAAUCAAUUCAAGUUGAGCCAGUGGAAGAAAGUAGAGAAGACAAACAUCGAGAAGAGUUUUCAACAGUGGCAGACUCAGGCAGCAAUGAAUCAAGGGAACCAUCAUGGGCACCAAAGGAGUACAUUCACAAAGUUGAGACUAUCUACCCUUACACAAAGGAUCGUGAUGAUGAGUUAUCUUUUCAAGAAGGAACAAUUAUUUAUGUUAUUCGUUUGAAUGAUGAUGGCUGGUGGGAGGGAGUGAUGGAGGGAGGUGUGACCGGUCUCUUUCCAGGUAACUAUGCAGAAAUACUAGGCAGUUCAGUCUAAUAUCAAGCUCAGAUAUGAACUUGAAGCAAUAGAUCUUGAUCGACUGACUCAGUAUUGUAUAGUAGACGUCACAUCAACUUGGUAAUGAAUGGUUAGAUGCAAUAGAAACUUGAUUGUGUUUACGUUUUCAUCUGUACUUUAAGUCUUUAAUUUUCUUUUAAACACAUUUCAAAACUGUUUACUAAUGAUUUUGUGGAAACAGUUUACUAAUGA